AGCCAUUCGGGCUCAAGCCAGUUGUGAGCGGGCGCGUGCGCAGAGCUCCCAGGCCCGCGAUGGGGAAGGCGGGCGCCAAGAAGAAGCUCCCCAACGCGCCCCUGGGAGAGAAGAAGAAAAAGGCCGCUAAAAACCCGUUGUUCGAGAAGGCCCCGCGCAACUUCAGGCUCGGCGGCGACAUCCAGCCGAAGAAGAAUCUCAACCGCUUCGUGCGCUGGCCCAAGUUCGUACGCCUGCAGCGCAUGAAGCGCGUCAUGCUCAUGCGGCUCAAGGUCCCGCCAGCCAUCAACCAGUUCAACAUGGCCAUCGACAAGAAUCAAGCCGCACAGCUGUUCAAGCUGAUGAAGAAGUACAUGCCCGAGACAGCCGAGGAGAAGAAGGCCAGGCUGAUGGAGAUGGCCCAGCAGAAGAAGGAUGGCCAGGAGGUAAAGACAAAGAAGCCCCAGGUCAUCAAGUACGGGCUGAACCACGUGACGACCCUGGUCGAGCAGAAGCAGGCCAAACUAGUGGCCAUCGCGCACGACGUGGACCCCAUCGAGAUGGUUGUCUGGCUUCCUGCGCUCUGCCGCAAGAAGGAGGUGCCGUACUGCAUCGUCAAGGGCAAGAGCAGGUUGGGGCAGCUUGUGCACAAGAAGGCCGCCGCGGUCGUGGCGCUGACGACGGUCAACAACGAGGACAAGAAGGAGCUGGAGACUCUGGCCGGCAACUUCAAGGGCCAGUUCAACGACAACACGGAGGUCCGUCGCAGGUGGGGCGGCGGCAUCAUGGGCAUCAAGUCACAGCACGUCAUGCAGCGCCGCGAGAAGGCCAUCCAGAUGGAGCAGGCCAAGAAGCUCGGGCUUCAGAUCGCCUGAGCGGAGAACGGCGGCGGGCGGCUCCGCCGGAGAACGGGCGACAGAGACUUGCGCAACAGCCGUGGCUCCUCCCUGCUCCUCCGCCUCGUCCACCGCCGCCCACCUCAUCCUCAUCCUCAUCCUCCGCCGCCGCGCCAGUGCAGCUCGUGCUGUGAGCCCCGUGGAAGGCGUGCACAGCCAGCCGCCUCGGCAACUCAGGGUACACCCCAACUAUCUCAGAGCAGGCCCGGCAGAUCUGCUGUUGUUCUGCUGCUCCUCCUGGCCAUGGGCAGGCACGACGGACUCCCGCGAGCCCGAUCCCCGAUCCUCCUCGUCCUUCUCCUCCU